GCUUGUGUGUGCAUCGAGGACUCUGGUCGUCCGGGUUUGUUGAAUGAGGCCGACCUGUGGUUUUUGAGGGGUUUCAAUCACUCGGAAACGUAAAUUUGGUUACAAGCUCAACCCAUUACGACUGCGCAACACAGGAAGACAUACAAAAGCCCCCAGGAAAAUAGAAAUUUUUGAGCCGGCACGCGGGUGAUCCAGAGUGGAGCGCUGUGUUAGCGCGGUCGAGGCGAUUUAACGCGGGACUGGAAGUAGCAGCAUUUUGUGAGUCUGUUAAUUGUUGUGAGGGAGCACGCGAUGUCAGGUAGCGCAGGCCCUUCGGGCUCUCGCUCAGGUCGUUCGAGCUCGGGAUCUGGUUCCCAACAAGACAGCGGAAAGGAUUCAAAUGGACGUGAAACUGGGGCUAGACUCAACCCCAAAAUGUCUAAAGCCCUGUCUACAUCCGCUAAGCGCAUACAAAAGGAGUUAGCUGAAAUUACAUUAGACCCUCCUCCAAAUUGCAGCGCGGGCCCAAAGGCAGAUAACCUGUAUGAAUGGGUCUCUACUAUACUUGGGCCUCCUGGUUCAGUGUAUGAAGGAGGAUGUUUCUUUCUCGACAUCCAUUUCACACCUGAAUAUCCUUUUAAGCCACCGAAGGUGACAUUUCGAACACGUAUUUAUCAUUGUAACAUAAAUUCACAAGGCGUUAUCUGCCUAGAUAUACUUAAGGACAAUUGGUCGCCAGCGCUCACAAUUUCUAAGGUGCUACUCUCCAUUUGUUCGCUUCUGACCGACUGCAAUCCUGCUGACCCGUUAGUUGGCUCAAUUGCCACCCAGUACAUCCAGCAUCGUGAUGAACACGAUAGAACUGCUCGUCUUUGGACUAAACGCUACGCUACCUAAGGCGUGAAACCUUAGGUAACGUCCGUCUCCGGUUUCUAAGUGCUCUACGAGAUGUACGGCGCAAGCGGAAAGGCUAUCGAGCCAUGGCCGGGCAACGCAAAGUGAUGGAAGGAAGAAGAACACAUUGUAAUGGAUGAAAAAUAUCCACCGCAUUCUGCGCAUUCUGUGCAUCAGUUGCUGAUGAUGGUAUACAUAUAUAACGAAUCUGUACAGCUGACAACUAAGUUUGGCAACUUGCUUUCGAGUUUUAGGAAAAAGAACUUCGCCGUUCUAAUGCUGAUUGCCGACUGAUGCUCGUGCUAGGCGAACGAGGUGUAGAAAGUUAGAGUGGAUGGGAAAAGGUAAGCUGAGGAUGGGAUAAUAGAAUGUGUAUGUGUUAUGAAACCGUGGUAAUAGUAGUACCUUCCUCGUCUUGCUCUUUGAGCACUUCACGUCCAGCAAUGAAAGAUCAAUUUUGGUUACGUAAUAACCUACGGUUGAACGACAGGCUUAUACAAAAAGUGUCUGACUGGGUAAUAUGAAUGUAGCUCUUCAAAAUAAGUGGAGGAACGAAUCUUCUAGCAGUGGUGUGAAAGAAGUGUAAUCAAAUAGACAAAUAACCGAAGGAGGCAGCCGUACACAAAUUGUCCUCAAACUAUAUAUAAUGCGAGGGUAGGGGAAUUAAUGUAGAGGCAUCGCCAGGAUAGCAGUGGUCAAUUAUAAUACAUUAUAAUAUAGUUAAUAUUAUUGGAGCUAGACAAUUACUGCUGCUACUGUUACUAAAGGAAAGCAAGAUGAUUGUACCUACUAAUGAAUGAAUAAAUGGCUGCCUAAUCAUCAUAAGUCAGUAAUGACAAUGAUGUUGAGUGUGACUAGCGAUUGAUAUACUUUUGCUAAUAAGCUACUUGGUCAGGCAGAAAAGAAAGUAAUCAGGAUACGAAGAGGGCAACAUAAGUAAGAACUGAAUGAAACGAAAGAAGGAAAAUAGAAAAUCGGCGUCAGGGGAAGACAUGCUUAGACAACAGUUUACGGUGGCACAAAUAACUGAUAUCGAUAAAUAGACACGAAACGAGUACAUAUUGAGGACGACACAAAGACAGAGAAAGAAAUCGAGGUAUUAUAUCGUUGUUCUCGGUAAAGCCAUGUAACAUAACAGUAGCAGCAGAAGUCAUAGUAAGGUGUAUACCCAUUAUAUAUAUAUAUAUAUAUAUAAUACAUAUAUAUAUAUAUAUUUCAAAUCUACGCAGAUAUAUACCUACGUUCGCAGCAUAUGAGAAAGAGUUGGUAGGAGAGGCAAUGGAACUGUCAGGAAGCCUUGUACACUGAAUAAAUAAAAUUACAUACAAAAGGCUAAGAAAGAAAGAGCGAAAGUUAAAGCUAGAAAGUGACUAAGCGUGCAUAAUGUCAAAUAAACGAGUAGAGCGAAGCUUUACGGGUGGGUAAUACACAAUAAGUGCCGAGGGAGUCCGGCAAUUCGUCCUCUUGACCAACAUACAUACUCGUAUAUAUGUGGUGGACAUUUAGGAUAGGCUUAUAUUAAUAAAAAAGCAAACGGAUCAUUUAUGAUAUAGGAGUACGAAUAAGAACAGAGUAUAGCUGAUCGGGGCAUUUUAGCAUGAUAAUAAUCAUGAUGAUGAUAAUUAUAUUGGGAAUAAUUACAUAUUCUCAUUAUGUAGCAUAAUACUAUCAAUCGUCAUCAAGCAAUGUGGAAUUCAGAAUAACGUCGGCGGUAAUAUUGACGAGAUUGUGACAAAUAUAGUUAUAAAUUAAGGAAAUCAGGCUGCAGGAAACUGAAUGUAAUAUACAGAGAGGCGAGCAGUGAGUUCAUAGUUCGUUGAAAAUUCCAACAACAUAAAUAAAUUCGAAUAACAGGAAUAUUUAUAUUAAGCACAUAAUACCAUGCAAAUAUUUCGUGUAGUUAUGGCUUGGUCAUUAUGAUCUUAAUGAAUUAAUGUCACUAAAUGCAAAUAAUAGCAUAUUUGAACUCACUGGACUUGAACACAUUGUAAACAACAACAAUAAUUAUAACAAUAACCGUACAUCGUGCUGCGCUGCUAUUUGGUCGAAGUUGCGAGUGCAGGAACGAAAAACCACUAGAGCCUUUCCACAUUGCGGUUUAACGUGAUUAUAUAUAUUAAAUGAAUGCCGUUAUUUUGGUGGCGCGCGUCUCAGUGAGAGAUAGCACAUAAUAAGCCACUCAAUUGAAAAUAUUUGAAAAUUUCGGAAAAAGUUUUGUAACAGUACGGCGUGCCGAAACGAUAUAUAAGUAAGUAGCAUGUUGUAUAUAGCGAAUGGUGAAAUAGAGAAGAAAUGCUGAGAAAAAUAUAAUAUUCAACGAACACGAAACUAAUGUAAUAAUCGAAGGACAUGUUGGACGGACACUUAAACCUUAGCAUCAUUAUGACACACUAGACAAGCCGAAAACAUGGAGUCUUAUUUAUGAUGCGGUGUCCGUGUGCGCAUUGAAUAAAUGACGCAGGUCGCUUGUGCGUGAGUAAGGAACGUCUGUGGUUUAUAUAUAUAUGUAACCAUUAAAAAUGGAAAGAGCACUUACCCGUCGAUAGGUUUUACUGAUAAUGACGACGACAAAAUAGAAAACGAAGUACUAUUAAGCAACAUGAAGCACAAUGAAAAUAACCUGAACAAUAUACAUACGAAGCGCAGUCGCCAUUAUAGAAAGACAAACAGCAAGCGGUCCUUCCGUUUUAGCAGAACAUCCCUAAUUAAUAAUAAAAAUAAACAAAAUGAAAAUUGCACCUAUACCGUUGCAAGAAACAUAAAAAUAAGGCUUGAGAACCCAUAUGAGAGAAACGGUAAUAACAACAAACAUUUACUAGAGGAAUUAUAAAAAAUAAUUAUAUAUUAUAGAAUGUAAUUAAUUGUAACUCGAGUAUGUAGUUGCCCCGUGUACUUCACUGGGAUGAUGAUAGAAUCAUGUACAUUGCUCCUUAUUACAACAUAAUUAUCUUGAUUAAUAAUGAUAAUAAUGUCGAUGCAACAAAAUGAGACAAUAAAGGAUUAUAAUAAACACACUAC